UUUGUUCUCUCUUAUUCCCCAUGCCAAGGACUCUCUGUCUAGGCUGUUCGCCCGCUGCGGGCACGUCCAGUCUGUGGACGUCUGUGAGAAGCCAGGGCCGGGAGAGAAAAAAGGAAAAAUCACGUCCAAAUUCUUCAACCGCAAAACUGUAACGGGAUUUCAAGUAGCAUACGUGGUGUUCAAGAAACCAGCUGGUGUCCAGGCAGCCAAGGCCCUGUCACAGGAAGGUCCCUUGCUGAUAUCAACAGAGAGUCACCCUGUGAAAACUGGCAUUAGCAAGUGGAUCGCCAGCUAUGAGGCCUCAGUCGUGGAUCCGGAGGAGCUGAAGGCCGAGGUGGACGCCUACAUGCAAGACUAUGACAAAAAGAUAGCAGAGGAAGAAGCCAAAGCGGCCAAGGAGGAAGGCAUUCCAGAUGAGGAGGGCUGGGUGAAGGUAACGCGGAAGGGACGGAAGCCUGGCCUGCCCCGGACAGAGGCUGCCAACCUGCGGGUGCUGGAGAGGGAGAAGCAGAAGAGGGCCCGCAAAGAGCUGCUGAACUUCUAUGCCUGGCAGCAUCGUGAGAGCAAGAGAGAGCACAUCGCCCAGUUGAGGAAGAAAUUUGAGGAGGACAAGCAGAGAAUUGCGCUGAUGCGAGCCCAGCGCAAGUUUCGGCCGUACUGAGCUGUGCUGAGUUAUUUCUCAGAUGCCUGUGGACUCCAUGUGCCAAAGGAUUUCAGGGAAUUGAGGCAGCCUCAGGUUGUCCCUGCCCUUG